AUGGUUGCUGGUCGGAUAGUCCAGCGAAAAUUUCUGGGGCCGGCAGGUCAAUCCGUGGCUUUUCUACAGCCCGUAAUUCAAAUUCAGUGUCGCUCCCUAUCGACCUUCCCCGCACGACAAGAUGCGCGCUCAUCCACUACCUCUCCAUCCGCAAAACCACAUCCAAUUGACCCGCGAUGGCUUACACUGACGAAGAGACGACUGGGAAGAUGCAUGAUGUUUGGUCUGAAGCCUCAUCAGAUAGACGAGGCCGGGAAGAUACUUCAAGAGAUCGCGAGGGAUUGGCGAGGAUUGAUUGCUGGUAGCGAGGGCUUCUUGACGGAGGAGAAAAGAACUGCCCUUUCGCGCCAUAAUGUGGUUUGGGGAGAGAUGGAUACCAUGCUGACAGUGCUGAAGGGGCAUGUCAACAAUGUAACCUAUGUUCGCUAUGCCGAGAGUGCUAGAGUAAAUUUCAUGCGGAAUUUCGCUCUUCACAUUGACCCUGAGCAUCACAAAGAGUGGAUGGGCUCCGUGAACAACACAGGGAUUGGGCUCAUUAUCCGCAGCAUCAAGGUUGAUUACAAGUUUCCCAUGAAAUGGCCCGACAAGAUCACGGUUUACCAGAAGCUAGUACGCGACCCUUCGUCGCUUCCUCCGGACCACGCUGCCUUCGAACUCCAUGUCAUGAUCCUUUCAGAGGCAAAACAGCGGCCAGCUGCUCGCGUACAUGAGGAGAACGUUACGUAUGACUAUAAAGCUAAUCGCAAGACAUCUUCGUUGCCCCCCUUUAUGAUGGAGCAAUUCAAACAGAUGUGGGCUCUACAAGAGGAGGCUAAACGAACUUGGCAGCAGCGCAUCUUAGAUAUAGAAGGACGGGUCAGGGCCCUAGAGCUGGACAGCUGGGAUAAGGCAGAUGCCGUGGAAGAUAUGGGCUCUGCUGCAGGACGAUAG